GACAGCUGCUACUUUGUGUCAAAGUUCAAAUCAGCAUAUGAAGGUUGGAUGGAACCAAUACCAGACAAGAGUAUGUGGCCUCAAGUACAACUAGAAUUCAAGUUGUGGCCUCCAGUACUCAAGAGGGCAGCAGGUAGACCAAGGAGUAGGAGAAUAAAAUCAGUUGCUGAGGGUGGUAGCAAGAAAAGAAAGAGAUGCAAGAGAUGUGGUCAGUUGGGACAUAUGCAAAAAACUUGCAAUGAGACAGUGUAUGACUCAGAUGAUCCACCUCCUGCACAACCAAAACCAAACAGUAACAAAGCCAAGAAGGAGAAAGUAGCAGCCAGCACAAGCACACCUAAAAAUAAGAGGACCAAGAAGGAGAAAGUAGCAGCCAGCACAAGCACACCUAAAAAUAAGAGGACCAAGAAGGAGAAAGUAGCAACCAGCACAAACACACCUAAAAAUAAGAAGACCAAGAAGCAAGUGAACACAAAAGUAGGAGCCAGCCCAAGUACACUAGAGAAGCUGCUACAUGCACCAUCAACACCAACUAGCCCAUUUGAUCUAAACUGUAGUCCUGGAGCACUAACUAGGAGCCGAGCUAGGAGAAUUGCAGUGGAGGAGGCUGAGGUGCAUGGAACAAUGGCACUUGACUAUCUAAUGAAUGCCUGAUGCGUGUGGUUGUUUGUUUGUAAUUUUUAAUGGCAAUUAGAUCCCUAAAUGGACUUGUAAUGGCACUGCAACUUGCAUCACGAACUGGCAUCCAGUCAACAUCUUUUGGCAUGCCAAAUUGAUGUAAUUUGGGACAUGUUGUCUCCUCAAAUAUGUUGACUGGACUUGUAAUGGCACUGCAACUUGCAUCAUGAACUUGCAUCCUUACAAUUA